AUGCUCCAUAAGUUGCUUAAUGUCCAUAAACUCAAGCCAUUUGUGCGGCAUGCGCUGCAUAAGCAAGCCCCGGCAACACAGCCAGAGUCACGGCCAGAGGACGGUGGUACUUCUAUCUUGAAGAUUGUCCAUGCAGGUGGACAUGUUGAGAGCUACUACAUGGCUAUUCCUGCAGCCAAGAUACUGGAGAAGUACCCCUCUUUCUUGCUAGCCAGGCCUGAAGUCUUCAGGCGGCCUUGGGAUUCGAUAGUGAAAGUUGACGAGAUCCUCACUCCUGGCCAAAAGGUCCUCCUAGUUCCUCGUCGAACUGUGAGGAAACUCCGGCGCAGAAUAAGAAAACCCAACAAAGAAUUUUCUUUCAAUUGUUAUGUAUCUCAGUCUUCCAAGGACGUCUCAAGUCACACAAUUUCGCAACGGAAACAAGGUGCAGUUGGUGAGCUGAGUGACUCUUCUUCUACCUGCAGCAGCAUUGGAAGACAAAAAAGUGUUGGGAAGAAACAUGUGACAUUUACUGGCAUUGAUGUGAAGCACAGGUACAAGGCUGGUGAAAUGGAGCACUCAACUUCAGGUGAGAGCUCAAGUUCUCAAUCUCAUGGAAGGAAGAGAACGGUGAGAAGUGCCAUGACAUGGCAGCCCUCCUUUCUUUGA